AUGGCCGACUACCCAAUCGUCGACUCCCACAUCCACCUCUACCCAGAGACCGAGAUCGAGACCCUCGCCUGGGCAACGCCCGAGAACCCGCUCGCGAAGCAGCACUCCGUCUCCGACUACAACACCGCCACUGGCAAGCCCGCCAAUCUCAAGGGCUUCAUCUUCCUUGAGACGGACCGCAAGCACGACCUCGAAGCCGGCGUCAGGGAUGCCUCCGGCUGGGAGUUCCCCCUGAUGGAGGUCUCUUGGCUCCGCCGCAUCGCCGAGGGCAAGCCUCGCGACGGCGAGGGACACUCCGACGAAGACAAGGACCUCUGCCUCGGCAUCAUCCCCUGGGCUCCCCUGCCGUCUGGCCCGGCUGCCAUGGAGAAGUACCUCGAUCACGUCAAGGAGGUCGCCGGCGAGAACGUUUGGCCCAAGAUUCGCGGCUUCAGAUACCUCCUUCAGGAUAAGCCACACGGCACAGGCUUGACGGAGGACUUCAUUGGGAGCUUGAAGCUGCUGGGCAGACUGGGCUAUGUGUUUGACCUGGGCGUCGACCAGCACCGCCGUGGAAACAAGCAGCUCGACGAGGCGUUGGAGAUCAUCUCUCGUGCUCACGAGGGCGUUUCUGAGGACGAGAAGGUCACAUUCAUCAUCAACCACCUCUGCAAACCCGACCUGGGCAUCAUCAACACAACGACAGACCCCUCCUUCCACCACUGGCGCGUCGCCAUGUUCGCCCUGUCGAAGUGCUCCAAGACCUACAUGAAGCUCUCGGGCGGCUUCUCCGAGAUGCCCGACUCCCUCAAGACCCAGGACCCCAACUUCCUCUUCGAGGCCCUCUUCCCCUGGCUGGGCGUCGUCCUCGCCAGCUUCGGCGCCCGCCGCAUCAUGUUCGGCAGCGACUGGCCCGUCUGCACCGUCGGCGUCGACCAGGCCUGGCGCAAGUGGAAGCUGCUCGUCGAGCGCAUGUGCUACAUGGCCACCAUGGACCCCGAAGACCAGGCGGAGCUGUUUGGGGGCACCGCGCUGAGGGCGUACGGCUUGACUGGGUUCCAGCCCGUGUUUUGA